CGCGGCCUGACUCGGCGGCGGGAACAUCGACUAGUCGGCGCACACCGCAGGGGAGUCCGCCCAAGCAGCGCACGCCGACGGGCAGUCCGCCGAAGGAGGGAUCACCGCGAGGGACGCCUCCAGGGACGCCUCCAAAGGAGGGGACGCCUCCAGGAACGCCACCGAAGGAAGGAACGCCUCCAGGAACGCCACCAAAGGAGGGAACGCCUGCGGGAACGCCAACGAAGGAGGGAACGCCCCCUGGCACGCCGCCAAAGGAAGGAACAGCCCCGGGUACGCCACCGAAGGAAGGAACGCCUCCAGGAACGCCACCGAAGGAGGGAACGCCUCCAGGAACGCCACCGAAGGAAGGAACGCCUCCAGGAACGCCACCGAAGGAGGGAACACCUCCAGGAACGCCACCGAAGGAAGGAACGCCUCCAGGAACACCACCGAAAGAGGGAACGCCUUCGGGAACGCCACCGAAAGAGGGAACGCCUCCAGGAACACCACCGAAAGAGGGAACGCCUCCUGGAACACCACCGAAGGAAGGAACGCCUCCAGGAACACCACCGAAGGAAGGAACGCCUCCAGGAACGCCACCAAAGGAGGGAACGCCUGCGGGAACGCCAACGAAGGAGGGAACGCCCCCUGGCACGCCGCCAAAGGAAGGAACGCCUCCUGGAACGCCACCGAAGGAAGGAACGCCUCCUGGAACGCCACCGAAGGAAGGAAUGCCUCCAGGAACACCACCGAAAGAGGGAACGCCUUCGGGAACGCCACCGAAAGAGGGAACGCCUCCUGGAACGCCACCGAAGGAAGGAACGCCUCCAGGAACGCCACCGAAGGAAGGAACGCCUCCUGGAACACCACCGAAGGAAGGGACGCCUCCCGGAACGCCACCGAAGGAAGGAACACCCCCGGGAACACCGCCGAAGGAGGGAACGCCUCCUGGCACGCCGUCGCAGGGAACGCAGCAAGGGGAGUCUCCGGCGGCGGAGGAGGUGGCAGCGUCAGGGGAGGGGGAGUCUCCUGCUGAGGAGGCUGCGGAGGGAGCUCCCGAAGGGUCGGCGGUCGAAGGGGCUGCCGCUGGGGAGACGGCAGCAGGACCAGCUCCCGAAGAGGCGUCAGAGGCGCCUGCCGCGGAGGAGGCGGAGCCGGCGGACGCUCCAGCUGCCGCCGAGGAGGCGCCUGCGGAGCCCGCCGCCCCCGAGGGGGCCGCUCCGGAGGAGACGCCGAAGGACGAUACUGCAGACCAGGGUCCCGGCACGGAGCCCGCUGAGGAGCCGGUCGCGGAGAAGGCACCAUCUGAGGAGAAGGCGGACGAGGCGGACGGCGCAGUGGCUCCCGCGGAGCCGGAGGAGAAGGCGGAGCCGGCUGCCGAGGCCUCUCCGCCGGUGGAGGGCGGCGACAGCUGAGCCAGACCCUCCUCCCCGGCCUGCAUGCCCGAGGGCCUCCCCUGGUGUUGCUAUCACAGCGCUCCAGUGACCUCUGCUUCCAAGCUGUCUGCGUGUCUGUUGUCAAUGCCCCACGAAAUGGCGCAGUCAAAUGGUCAGCUGGGUGUCUUCGACUGUGACGUGCAAUACAGCUAUUUUUAGUGA